AUGCCUGCUUAUUCCUCCCAACGGUAUUCCUUCCGGCGCGGGCGCCAGGAGGAGCCUUUUCAGCCGCUUAACAGCCAUAUUACUCUAUCUAGCGACUCCUCUACCUUAUCCUCUGACGACGAGGACCUUCCUGUACGGUCCCAGGCCGCCCUCAAGCCCUCGCAGAUCACCCUAGGCACGCCUCGGCCUAUUUCCCCCAGCGCCCGCCCUCCUUCCCUUGAGCCGGGAUACGACCCCUUCCUCGAGGCCACGCAAACGACCGCCCGUGAGCCUACCCCAAGCCCUUCCGAGGCCUCGUUUCUCCCAGACUUCCAGGCCGAGGACGUCUUUAGCACCCCACCGACCUCUGAACAGGCCUGGCAUGACCCUGACGACCUCGUUGAGCCUGUUGAUAGGCCCGUGCCGGGCCUCGUGAGGGACGGGCGGGCGGGCAGAGGCGAGACUUGGUCCCCUACCCAGGAAUUGCGGUUCCUGCAACUAUUGGCAGAGGCGGCCCGGGCCGGCCAGAUGAACCCCCAGAUCGCCAACUAG